AUGGAGCAGCUCACCCAGUUUGUCUCGAAAAGCUUCGAUACCGAUACCGUUGCCGCUACCGCUGCCGUUGCCGCGAGCGCGAACGGGAGCGGAAACGCGAAUGGAGUAAAGGUGCAGGAAAACGCCGAUCCGCCCCGCUGCAGGGAUCCUAAAUCCUCGCUGCAGGAGAGACGCGGCUGCAGGCUCGACGUCUGCGACGCCGCGGCCGCCGCGAUCACCCUCAGCGUUGCCCAUCUCCUCGGCUCGACGGAAAGUGCGACCACCUGCAAUGGAGAUGCGAGGUCCAGAGAGUCGACGGAGGAGGUUUACCACGGCGAGGCGGCCCCCGAGGACGAGCCGCCGUCGCCUGACGGCAGACUGCAACCGGAGGAUCUCUCCGUCGGGACGAAGCUAAGGGAGAAACCGGAGAGCGCGCGAAGCGGACCCCCGAAGACGCCGGAGCUGAAACUGUCCGUGAGGAAGCUCCUCGGCUGCAGUCCUUCGCCGCCGCCACCGCCGCCUCCUCAAACCUCACCCUUGCCCUCACCGUCUUCGGUGACCUGCACUUCGGAUCGCUGUCAGAGUCCAGACGUCACAAGCAGGCUCGAAGCCUCGCGAACCGAACAAGGACCGCCGCUCAGACAGCAUCACGCCCGAUCCGGACAAGAUGAAUCUGCCAAGGGAGCUGUCUCGAGUCUCGUGCAAAGCAGAGCUGGCAGCGUUGUUAGUUCAGGAGCCACAGUAAGCGCAGGGGGCGGAAAGCAGAGAAGAUCCAGGACGAAUUUCACCCUUGAGCAGCUCGCGGAGCUCGAAAGACUGUUCGAUGAAACCCAUUACCCGGACGCGUUUAUGAGAGAGGAACUUAGCCAGCGGCUGGGGUUGAGCGAAGCUCGAGUCCAGGUCUGGUUCCAAAACCGACGCGCAAAGUGCCGCAAGCACGAGAGUCAACUGCACAAAGGUGUCGGAGGCGGUCUUGUCCUGGCACCCAGGAGCCCGCCGACGUCCUUGGAGCCUUGCAGAGUGGCUCCGUACCUCCCGGCGUUGAGACUGCAUCCUCCACCUCCGCCGGGAGUCGCGGCCUCGACGAACUCGGCUACGGGCUCAGCCUUCGACCCGGCUGUCCUCCACUACGCGGCAGCCGGAGGUCUCUUCUGUCUUCCACCACCUCAGCCCCCGCCGCCGCACUCCCAUCACCAGCACCAUCACCAUCAGCACCAGCACCAACACCACGCGCCGCAUCCCCUGGGUCUAACGGCUUCUCUUGCCGCUGCUGCGGCCGCGGCGCGGUCAAAAAAUAGCAGCAUCGCCGACCUCAGACUCAAGGCGAGAAGGCACCAGGAAGCACUCGGGUUGGACAGGCCGGCGUAGGACUGUAGCAUCCUCGUGUCAUAGGUUUAUCCUUUUCUCUAUGAACCAUCGGUAGCUUGUAAGUUAUACUUAUAGUCUAUGUAUAUUGCAUUAUCACUUCGGUUAGCCGUCGUUGGGGCUAUAAUGAAUUUUUGUAGACGUAUAG